UAAGUUCUCUACGUCUAUCUUAUUUCUCCGCAAUUGAUCUUGACAAUUCUCCGAGUCUGUCAUGUCUUCCGUUCACCGGGUCGUGCUUGCUGUUGUCAGCAUCGCGGGUGCCGCCCAAGCGCUUUCGCUAAGCGAUGUUGUACCACAACUUACGCGAGGGAGAAUCUCCCUGCGGCGGACUUCUUGCCUGGCAUCACUAUUGAUUCGUCUUCAGUCACGACAGCCAUUAUCACCAACUCUACAGCUUCAAACGAUUGGUACAUUACCAAGGCCAUUUCUUACUGUAACGUCACAAUUGCCUAUUCGCACAACGGUAUCGCAGAUGAUUUGGUUCACGUCUCCUUUUGGGUUCCUGAACCAGACAAAUUUCAGAAUCGAUAUGUCACGACCGGUGGCAGUGGUCUUUCCAUCAAUGCUGGCGCGGUCUCGAACUCUACUGGUGUCAUAGUUGGCGCCGUUUCGGGCUAUACCGACGGUGGUUUCGGUACCUUCGAUUCGUCCUGGGAUGAGGUCUUCCUUCUUGUCAAUGACACCAUCAAUUGGCAGUCUGUCUAUAUGAUGGGCUACCAGGCUCACUGGGAACUCGCCACUCUGGGAAAGGAAUUUACCAAGAACUUCUUCAACGUCUCGGACAAAGUUUAUUCUUACUACCAAGCGUGUUCUGAGGGUGGUCGUGAGGGUUGGAGUCAGCUCCAGCGCUUCGCUGAUCUCUUUGAUGGUGCUACAAUCGGUGCACCAGCCCUUCGCUACGGUCAGCAGCAGGUCAAUCACUUGACUGCGGGCGUAACUGAGCAGACUUUGGGUUAUUACCCAUCGAGUUGUGAAAUGGAGAAGAUACUAAACUUGACUAUAGCUUUCUGUGAUCCUCUGGACGGGAAGACUGAUGGUGUCGUCUCGCGAUCAGAUCUUUGCAAGCUACAAUUCAACGUGAAUAGCACCAUCGGCGAGUCUUACUAUUGCGCUGCAUCAUCAGGUAGUUCUUCCGGUCCAGGUAAACGUCAGGUUGGUAGUAUGAGUACCACACCUGAACAAAAUGGAACUGUCACGGCUGAAGCCGCUGUGCUCGUCCAAACACUCUGGGAUGGACUUCAUGACUCUGAUGGAAAGCGCGCCUACAUAUACUACCAACCUGGUGCCGAAUUUGGUGACGCAGAUACUACCUACAACUCGGAGACUGGAGAAUGGGAGGUUUCCAUCACAGGCCUUGGCGGUCAGUGGGUCGCACAAUUUCUUCAGCUUCAGGAGGUUGAUAAUCUGAGCACCUUGGAAAAUGUUACCUACGAUACUCUGAAGGAGUGGAUGAUCUAUGGGAUGCAGAAGUAUGGUGACUCGUUACAGACCACUGAACCUGAUGUUAGCGCUUUUGCAAACGCCGGUGGUAAGGUCAUCCACAUUCAUGGCGAACAGGACCCUUCCAUCCCUACCGCUUCGUCAAUCCACUACUACGAAUCCGUCCGUAACGUUAUGUUUCCCAACAUGACUUUCAACUCCAGCACAGAGGCCAUGGACGAAUUUUACCGCCUCUUCCUUGUUCCCGGUGGUGCUCACUGUGGAGUAAGCACCGAACAGCCAGAUGGUGGAUGGCCCGCAACAACCCUACAGACUAUGAUCGAAUGGGUCGAGAACGGCAUCGCGCCAGCAACUCUCAACAACACUGGCACUGCCGCGCCAACUCUAUGCAAAUGGCCUCUGCGCCCACUGUGGUCAAACAACGGCACCUCUUUCGACUGUGUUUAUGACCAAGCUUUGUGGGACAGCUGGAUCUACGAUUUCGAUGCUUACAGCACUCCUAUCUACUAA